AUGGAGGAACUUCUAGCCUACAAAAGUCAGAUCAGACUGGUUGGGUCUGGGGCAACUCGCUGCUCUGGAAGAGUUGAAGUCUACCACAAUGGAUCCUGGGGAACAGUGUGUGACGAUGAAUGGGAUAUAAAUGAUGCAAUUGUGGUCUGCAGACAGUUGUCCUGUGGGACAGUUCUUCAAGCUCCUGGAUCAGCUCAUUUUGGUCAAGGAUCAGGCCCAAUCUGGUUGGAUGAUGUAGCAUGUUCAGGAAAUGAAAGCUCAUUAACUCAGUGUGGUCACGGAGGUUAUGGAACACAUAACUGUGAUCAUAGCGAAGAUGCUGGUGUCAUCUGUUCAGAUCAGAUCAGGCUGGUUGGGUCUGGAUCGACUCGCUGCUCUGGAAGAGUUGAAGUCCAACACAAAGGAUCCUGGGGAACAGUCUGUGAUAAUGACUGGGAUCUAAAUGAUGCAAAAGUGGUCUGCAGACAGUUGUCCUGUGGGACAGCUCUUCAAGCUCCUGGAUCAGCUCAUUUUGGUCAAGGAUCAGACCCCAUCUGGCUGGAUGAUGUAGCGUGUUCAGGCAGUGAAAGCUCAUUAACUCAGUGUGGUCACAGAGGUUAUGGAACACAUAACUGUAAUCACGGUGAAGAUGCUGGUGUCAUCUGUUCAGGUCAGAUCAGGCUGGUUGGGUCUGGAUUGCCCCGCUGCUCUGGAAUAGUUGAAGUUUACGACAAUGGAGUCUGGGGAACAGUCUGUGAUGAUGACUGGGAUCUAAAUGAUGCAAUUGUGGUCUGCAGACAGUUGUCCUGUGGGACAGCUCUUCAAGCUCCUAGAUCAGCUCAUUUUGGUCAAGGAUCAGACCCAAUCUGGCUGGAUGAUGUAGCAUGUUCAGGCAAUGAAAGCUCAUUAACUCAGUGUGGUCACAGAGGUUAUGGAACACAUAACUGUAAUCACGGUGAAGAUGCUGGUGUCAUCUGUUCAGUUUGUGAUGCUGUCAUCUUCUACUGA